UUUCUACUGAAUUGCUGUUCAGCAGAACUCUGGAACAUAGCUUUAGAACAGAACUUUUAAAGCAUAGCCCAACAAGAACAUUGUUAUGAAACAGAGUUCUGUAGAAACAUAGCUCUAUGGCAACAUAGCACUACAGUAACAUAGGUCAACAGUUACAUAGCUCAGCUAUAGAAUCCUACAGCAUAGCUCUUCCACUAGCCUGACCUAUUUCAAACAUCUGCAGUCCCGGAAAGGUUAAGUACGUAACAACAACAAGAUCAUCCAAGACGCGACCCAAUAUCGAGGAGGUAUACAUACCUGAAGUGGAUGACCUCUCCUCUAAGUUCAUUAACCCUUUUACAACGAGUUUCUCCAGCGUCUUCAUGAGUUUGGUUUCCUUAAUGCCUGAGUACUGUGGCAAGGCUCUCCACUCGAAGGAGAUUCAGGCACUUGAAAAGGAGAAGUUCGACUUGGUAUUCAUGAGUAUAUUCAUGAAUGAGUGCUUCUAUCCCUUUGUCGACAAGUUACAGGUGCCAUACAUGCACAUGUUCCAAAACGCACUUCACGAGUCUAUGAGUGACAUGGCUGGCAACCCGCAGUUCCCGUCUGUGGUGCCAAACUUCUUGCUGGACCUGGGUUACCCUCUCACCUUCACUGGCAGGAUCAUCAACACAUUCAGUGAACUGAUCAGUUACGCCCUCGUCAAUUAUUAUCUAUUACCCAGGUGAGUACAUGCUGAGUAA